GACAAGGAAGAAAUAGCUCUGUGAUGUAGGCUUGGUCCCCAGUACGUUCUGCCAAAAGGAACUCCCAGGGUUCAGUGGCCUGAGGGUAACACACUAAGUUAUAUUAUGAAAAAACACCUCCUUCUACUGAAAACUGUGAGUGCCACAUGGCUGAGCCCCAGCUUCACCUUCUGGGUGGUAAACCUCAUCCUGCCCAUCCUGUGUGGAGUGGGGCUUUUCCUGCUGUUACUCCUGUGUCUGCAGAGUAAUCCAACCUCGCCACCUCCCAACAGAAAGGCAGUCAUUGGGAAGCAUCAAGCGCAGAGGAGGAGCAGGAGAGGGAAGAAGGGCAUGGCUGUGAAAGCCUGCGGGGAUUGCCUGGAAGACCUGGAGGAGGUUCGGAACCUGAUUUCACUUCUAAACAAAAACUUGGGGAAGCUCUCUGAUGAAGGCAGCUCUUACCAACUCUUAAAUCAAGGCCACCUAGAUGAGGUGUGCAAAAAGGCACCUGAUGGAGUCCUCUGGACAUGUGGAGAACCUGCGGCAGAUGCCACACCCAUCCUGUCCCCGCCAAGUUCCCCAUCCUCUCUGUCUGAACACCCUCUGCAUCUGGCCUCUGCUCUGUCACCAGGUCCAACCACCUCCUUAGUUUCUGCUUCUUCAUACCUGUCUGUGACUUCCCCUCAACCACCAGAGCCUUUGCUUCCACUAGAACGCAAUUCAUCCCGUCUUACACUUUCCCUCCCCCCACUAAGCCCCUCUAAUUCCAUGGGUCAUGCUUUGCCUCCAAUGGCCUUCUCUGCUCCACCAAUGCCAGACUCCAUUCUGACGCUUUCUCGGUGUCGCUCAAUGGCACUGCCACUAAGCUCCGUCACACACAGUGUACACAAGCACUGGUCAGCAUCCUCUAUCCCAGUCAUCUCAGUCCUCAGCCACUCAGGCUAUCCCAUAUCAGGCUUUUCUUGGUGGCAAGUGGCUGCCAGAAUCGUGUGCCCUUCUACAGAGCUGAAGGACCAGAAAGAGCACCUUCCCUACCAGGCACCUGAGGCUUCAUUCUGGACAGAACCCCCAGACAGGCAGGUAGUGGCUAGUGACUCCUCUUGGCUCAACUGUGAUGACCAAAAGUUCCUAAGGCUACAAAUCACAAAGGAAACUAAGAUCAAGGCAUGGAAAGAAACAGAAAACGAUGGCUCAUUCUCAGAACAGAAGAACCCAGACUAUAAUUUGGAUUCUGUGGGAAAUACAGUAGCAUCACUGGGUAUUGAACAGGACACUACCGCACCUCAGCAUUUAUGGAAGGCAAAAGAAAAGUUAGAACAUUUGCUAUGUCCUCAGCAGCUCUCAAUUCCUGUGGUCUUAGAGGACCAUAGUCAGGAGAAAUACAAGCAGCUUUUCUGGGGUCUGCCUUCUCUACACAGUGAAUCCUUAGUGGCUGCUGCCUCUAUAUCUGGAAACUCUUGCACACUGCAACCCUCCCUGUUCUUAUUUAAUGCAAUUGUGGAUGUCUGUCCAGCUCAAAUGCAUGCCAAAGUGUGCCCCCGGCUUCCACAGGCCCAUCCCCUGUCCCAUAUGAAACCCCACCUCCAAUCUCUUAUUCCACCCAUUCCCCAGUAUCAGCCUCCAUUUCGGAGUGAGAUCCAGCCUCAGACCCACCUCCCAUCACCAUUGUCUACUAUAUUAGCUUCUUCUACAUCUCAGAUUAGCAGUUGUGGAGCACCUUGUGCUACAAUACAGAAUAAGUCACGAUCUAUCAACCAAACUGGAAUUCAGGACUCAGAAUGGUUAUGGCUGGAACAAAAGUUAAGAAGUGGGCAGACUUUGCCCUUUGGGGACCAAAACUCCCAAGAAGACUGUACUUUCAUCAAUCCCAAACUUUCCCAAAACAACUGGGCAGAAUCCAUUCUUCCUGAGAAUUUUCCUAUCAGCCACGAGCUCCGGAAGCAAGUGGAACAACACAUUCACAAGUGGCUGAUAGAACACCGCUUGGACUUGCCUCAGUAUAUACAAGAGUCUAUGGAACUAAUGCAGCUUCAGGAUAAAUUAGCAGAAACAUGUCAGACAAAGGAAAAAUUCAGAUGUACAGGAGCCUCAAUAAUUAUGGGUGAAUGCAGCAAGAAUUCACAGAAGGUGAGGUUCCAACUAGGGAAGAAUUCAAGCAAGAACUUAGGGCAUAUCCUAGGGAAGGUCCCACAAGGUGCAUCCAGGUGUUGGGAAGGCUUGCCAGGAAAGGUUCUGAGAGUUCCCUUUGAGCAGUCACAGACACAUUGUACCGGAAACUGGAUCCCCGACUGUAGAAAUGAUGUAUCAAGAAGCCUAGAAAUGAACCAUUCUGAAAAUGUUCCCAAUGCCCAUUUCGGCACAAUGUCGGGGCAGAUCAAUGAGAGGACAUCUUCUUUGGGGGUGUGCCAAUCUGGUCCUUGUGCCAACAACUCCCUUUCUGUGUCAGACAAUAACCCAGAAAACAGAAAUUUAGAUCUGUCAAGAAGUUUGGAAACUUGUGUGAGCACUUCCCAGGAGCUGUCCUUCCUCAGUCCACUCAUUCAGCAGGUGCUGGAUGCACAUAUUAUGAAGAGUUGGAUAAAGCACAAAUGGGGACUACCCCUCAGGGUCCUCAAACCCUUAAAUUCCUUUAAGUUGCAAAAUGUUCAACAUGCAUCUCUCCCACAGUUUUCCAGUCCCACGUCAACUCCUUGUGAAUCUAGGACCAAUUCAACAGUUGAACUUGCCAAGAUACUGGGAAAACCACCACAGACAAGUCCAAAAGAGAAGGUGAUAACAAAUGAAUCUAUUACCACAUCGCUGGGUUUUGCUGCUUUCUCCUCCUCUACUUACAUGGAAAGGGUUCCAUCCACUGAUGACCACAAGUCUUCUGAGGUAUAUCCAAGUGGGCAGGAAAGUAAGCAGCUCUCUCAGACUCUCACCUGCAGCACCAAAGAGAGAAUGCACCAGAGCGGGACUGUCUGUGAAAGGGGAAGAGAUAGCUGUGAUGUCCCUUUCCUUCCUCAAAUGUCUGUUUCCAAAGAUGCGAGAGAGCACCUUUUUAAAGCAGAGGCUGUUUGUGCGGACAAGCGCAGAGUAAAGAGAAAGUCAGCAAAGCAAUCUCAAGCUUAUGCCACUGAUGAGCUCCUUCCAGACUGUUCCACUGGCACACUCCUUGCUGCAGAAUGUCUGGCUUCACAGACAUUCCAAAAUGUGCCUGUUGGGGACAUAUUUACUGCCCAGAUUCGAAGUGAUUCCAUGGUAGUGAGAGCAGGCAGUGUGGAGCAACAGAAGUCCAGGUUCCUAAAACAUCAGGACUCUCGGAAGCGCCAAAAUGAAAUGUGUGCUUCUACUGACAAGAGUGAGGUCUACAGGAAGCUCAACCCAGAAAAGCAUGAAGACCAAUUUCCAGAAUUAGGGAUUUCAAAACUCCCCGAGGUGACGGACAUGGAAGAUACCCAGGGCAGUGGAAGCACUCAGCUCCUGUCGGAAAACAAAGAGGUUCCUUCAGAAGUCUUCAAACAAUCUAUAAGGCAAUUUGUUCAGCUGAUUUUCCCCAAGAAAAAAAUCCCAGAGCAGGAAGAUACUUUGCAAAAAUCAGCCAGUGCCCAGAGCCAACAACCAGUCAAUAACCAAUCAUGUACGGACAGUACCAUAGUUGAAGCUGAGAAGCCCGUGACCAUUGUUGGAGAGCUUUUGGAGAAGAACGUGAUACUUCAAGAUGACCUUUGUGCCUCAAAGAUCAGUCAGCACAGGGAAGAACUCCAAAUCCCAGUAUCUCGGGGCUCCUACUACCACAAGCCCCCCUGCCCAGCAGAGCAGAAGAGAAGGCCAAGCCAUGCAGUGCACACCCACCAGGCCGCCCCGAAGUGCCAGAACUGUUCCAUGAGGCAAAAACAAAUGAGAGGCCAUCAUUUGCUGAAAAGUAUGCAAUUCAGCAAGGAAAGCCAAUGCUCGAGGCAUCCUCAUCUCUCUCCCCGCAGCAAGACUGCAUCCCCCGCAGUCAGUCCCUCUCCUCGUGGGCCAGCAAUGCCACAUAUCUCAGGCCACCAUCCCCAUUGCCCAAGGCAUUGUCCUCUUCUGGGAGGUGUCUUGUCUGGCCAACCAGAAAAAUGUUCUUCAGCUUUCCCUAUUAGGAAAACACAUCCCCAAAGAAAAUUCAGCCCAUAUAGAGAAAAAUAAUUUUUCUCCUGUUGAUAUAUUCAAGAUUUUUAAUGUACCAUAACACCUGCAUUUUCUUUAUAUAA